CUAACGUUACCUCGUAAAAUACGGAUGAAUUUGUCUUGAGCUAUCGAACGACAUGUUGAUGGAUUUUGACAACUGAUUGCAGUAUCCUCCCACACUUCAGGCUGUCCAGCAUCCUGCGAUUCUCCAUUCACCAUCCCUCCAUCUGUUCACUCCAUUCACAUCUCACAUCUCCAUACUGAUGAAAACCGCAGCAAACAUCCUCAAGAAAACAUCAAACAAGAAAAUCGAUCCAACUGUGGAGGGAAAAUCAAAUCAGCAGAGAGUGCAGAUGUUCUCCCCAGCUGGCCAGAUGUCUAUAGAGUCUGAAUGAGCACACUCCUCGUCCUGCCACGGGCUUGCGUUCUUGAGGAAUUCGUCAUCAAUGAAAGUGAAAGAAGACUAAAUAGGAGAGGAGAAUCGCCAGAAUGCCGGCAGGUCAGAGGAGACAGACGAUUUCUUAAUGGCGGGCGGCACUCAAGUCGGAGAGCAGACUUUGAUUGACAGCUGACUGUGGAUAAACUCCUAACAGUUCACUCUGCAGUUCUGCACGCUGAAGGAGCUCUCAGAUACAAUUUCCAUGAAUAAGAUCCUGAGCCAGAAACGAGGAACAGGAAAUGCUAUGGAUAUCCUCAGCGCAGUUGAUUUCUCCUUCACAUAGCAUUUUGAGUGGAUCUUUUCUUCAUUUUUGAACUUCUAAACUCGUCUUCCCAUACGUGGCCAUCAGCGGCCAUGAUAGGAAGGAGCUCUGAUUGAUACAGGGGACAGGAAACGGCAUCAGAGGAUGGGGGCACCUGGCGGGCCAGUUGUGGGUGGGUUUAGCUCCACAACAUCCUCCCUAGACCUCGUUGGCUGGAUGGUCUGGCCUGGUAAUACCACUGUGAGCCUGAACCAGAGCUUCUUCGGAACCGAUUACAGCGUCGAUCUCCCCUCCUCAUCUUCUUCUUCUCCUCAUGGGGUCGAAAGGGAAGUGAUGAAGGAAAAGAACUGGCCAGCCCUGCUAAUUCUUGUGAUUAUCUUUCUAACAAUAGGAGGGAAUAUUUUGGUUAUUUUGGCCGUGUCGUUGGAGAAGAAGCUGCAAAACGCAACAAACUUCUUCCUGCGGUCCCUUGCAGUGGCGGACAUGCUGGUCGGCAUCUUGGUCAUGCCCAUCUCGCUCAUUAACAUCCUGUAUGAUUAUGCCUGGCCAUUGCCCAGUGCUCUCUGUCCUAUUUGGAUAUAUCUGGACGUGCUAUUCUCCACCGCUUCCAUCAUGCACCUGUGUGCCAUUUCCCUCGACCGCUACGUGGCCAUACGUAAUCCGAUUGAGCACAGUCGCUUCAACUCCCGCACCAAGGCCAUGCUGAAGAUCGCUGCGGUUUGGACCAUUUCAAUAGGUAUCUCAAUGCCUAUCCCAGUGAUCGGACUGCGUAACAGAGAUAAGGUCCUUAUCAACGACAACUGUGCUCUGAACGAGGAACGCUUCAUACUGGUUGGCUCUUUUGUUGCUUUCUUCAUUCCUCUGGUCAUCAUGGUGGUCACGUAUUGUCUCACUGUCCAAGCGCUUCAGCGUCAGGCCACAGUCUUCCUCUACGAGGGCAAAGCCUCUUCUCAGCAGCCAUUGCAGCCUCCAGCUCCAUCCACUUCCCAGUUGGAGCCGUCGUCGGCUCCGUCACGUCGCAGCAGUCUGAACUGUCUACGGAUCAGCAACAGCGAUGGAAACGCGCUCGGUCUGACCGUGCCCCCGGACACCAUCUCAAUAAUCCCGGGUUCAGAAGCGGCGUCUCAAAUGAAUUCGCCCACUGGACGGGACCCGGGUGGAGCCCGCGGGCGGCGAGGCAUGAUGCAGGCCAUCAAGAACGAGCGGCGAGCAUCCAAAGUGUUGGGUGUGGUGUUCUUCCUCUUCCUUUUCAUGUGGUGUCCCUUUUUCAUCACUAACGUUCUGUAUGUCCUCUGCCGUGGAGCCUGUAACGAGCCUCUGCUCACGGAACUGCUCAACGUUUUCGUUUGGGUAGGUUACAUCUCAUCAGGUGUCAACCCUUUAGUGUACACUUUGUUUAACAAGACCUACCGAAGGGCAUUUUCAAGCUACUUGCACUGCCAGUACAGACAGGUGGGGCUUAAACCCAUCGCUAUACACGUUCCUUGUCCAUCCCAUGCUGUUACGCCUAUCCUGAUCUGCGAAAAAGUUCAGAUUGACCGGAACAGUAACUGCCGCAAUGGGGACGGGAACGGAAUCCGAAAUCUGGAGCCCCAUGACAUGGACAAUGACCCCGGGCUGGAGCUGAAACUGGGAAAAUCAGAGCUCUCCAUUAGCAGCGGUCACAAUCACACAGAACACACCAGCAGUGUCUGAAAAAUAUCUUUUAGUUUGACCUGGAACAUAGGACAGGUGUGACAGAGCUGCAAGUAAUGCUUAGAUCUUCAGAUGUCACACUUACAAGAAAGUGUAACUCUUAUCGACUGUAACAGCAUAGAAUGUGCUGAGUUAGCUACAGAAACAAUAAUCUGACCAAGGUCGGAAAAGGGAGAUGGAAUGUAAUGUGCGUGUGCGUGUGUGUUAACAGGUUCAGAUGUUUGAAUGCCAUUAAGUACUGCAUGAGCACCCGGUUUUUUACUAAAGCAGCAUUGGACAUUAUGAGACAGCAGUUCGUGUAAGAUAGAGUCAUAGCAUCCUCAUGUGGUCAGUUGAAAAAUUACAAAAAAACAUGGUGUGAAUCCAAAAAAGAGUUACUUGUCAUCCAAGCUUGUUGCAUUACAAUAUGGAUGAAGCUAUGCUAUUUACGAGUCAGAUCAUUGUUUGUGUAACUUGUAAACACCUUCAGUACGAUAUGCUGAAUUCUUUGAGUGGCAGUAAAAUGAUUAUACAGUUGGGGGGUACAUCUUAUUUCCUGGCAAUACAUAAGAAAUGACUGCAAACCUAUAGCAACCCAGCAAACCAGUCCUAACAGAACAAUGGGGUUUUUUACACUGUAACAAAAUUACACUGUAAAGGCGGCACAGAAACGCUUUUGAAGUGGUGAUAGGUGUCUUUACACAAACUGUAUAAUUCUGCUCAUAGGGGGAAUAGAUCUAUUUACACGGCAAUUUUAAUAAUAUACAUUUAUAGUAGGGGAUAAGGUGGGUCAGAGCAGGCAUAAUUUAGUCUGGCUUUUGUGCAGCAUUACGAAUUUACACAGAAUUUUGAGCAGGCACUGAGCAGCCUUAAAUCAGUUGUGCAAAGAUGCCUAUACUUAACAUAAAACUUUGAUCAACAUAAAACUUUGCAUCUUUAAUACUAUGUAAUGCAGUUUGAGGUUUAGUCCAGUUCAAACUGCUUCUCAAGGAUUUCUUUUUAGAAGGUAUUAAAGUGAUUUGCCUCUAGCUCUGGGGAACAUGCUGUCCUGUGAAUGUAAGGCUAGAUGUGUGCUGCCUCAAGUGGUCAUAACAGAAUGAGAGAAGCAGCAAAAGUGCACAACAGAAAAGAGUACUAAAACAUUUUUUUAUUUUUUAUGGAAGAAUGGCAACAGAUGUUGGUCAGUAAGACCAAAAAUGCUUAUUUGAGGAUGUCUAGGGAUAUAUAAUGUAUAAAGCUGUACAUAAUUGCUGUUUUCCUGUGUAGAACCUUAGAAUUUAUCAUAUCACCUGCCCUUGUUUAAACUCCCACUUCAUUUUUAUACCAUUGCCUGUAAAUGUUUUUCCAGAUCUUUUUUUUUUUUUGUAAAAAAACUCCCACCAUCCUCACAAUGUUAUGAUUUGGCGAAGCUGCUAUUUAUUUAAUUAAAAAAACUAUUAUCAUUCAUUCUGCAAUACA